GCCACACCUCGACUGCCUGCGCCGACUUCCCUGCGGUUUCUCAUUCUUCGAAGGUCAAAGGGAUUUUCUGUGAAAGUUAAAUGUCGCACCACAGAGUCAUCAUGUAUAAGCCAAAAAAAGAUGAUAUUUAUGCAUAUGCGCUGUCCAAGACCCUGACAAAAGUUUCAUCACCUGCAACUGUAGGACUCUACUCUUCGUGUCAGGAUCGGAUUAACAUGAUCCUCGGACAAAUGGAAGUGAACAUGAAGCGGGAAGCUUUGAGGAUUGGGAAGGAAUAUAAGGGAAGACACAAGCCUCGCUCAGUUACGCCUUCAUUUAGUGGCUUUCUAGCACUCAUUGGCCGAAUGCUCUUCUACAGGCCCAUUUGGACAGAGGAGAACCAGCAGCACCAUAACAUCAGGUUCAUUCACGUACAUUUUAGUGCCUGGCAUUUUGCAGGCAGUGACCUGCUUUGGGCCGGGCUAGCCAUACGGCUGUUUCAUGCCAUGCAGGUGAACUUUGGGAAAUUAAAGAUUGUACUCUACCGUGUGGCUCAACAUAAUGAAGAAGACGAAGUCAAGAACAAGACAGUGGAGAAUGGUCCCAACCAUUGGAGGUCCAAAAAAGUUUGCUGCUGCCCUCUGUGGUUUCUCGUCCUGUUCAUUCUUGUGUUACCAAUUAUCAUCCUGGUAUUCCUGUUGACUUUUGGCCUUCCCAAACCUGAGGUGAAACCAGACGGGGCGGUGAAUGGAACAAACAGCCAGGUGAAUGUGCUGGAGGGCCUGGCCAUCGCUGCCUUUGGAGUCCCUACAGCAAGCGCAUUGAGGUUUGUCUUUCUGAUUAUUAAGAACCUUAUCUUCAACCAGGAGAAGAACAUAAAGAAGGGGAUGGACAAUGAGCGGGUCAGCAGCCAUCUGGGCUUCAUGAACGAAGUGAGGAAGGAAAUGUGGUUUCUGUCUCGAUUCAUCCAGUUUAUGGAGGUGUUUGAGAGGAGGAGGAUCCGGGUGGUACUGCAGAUCACCAAUCUGGACCGUUGCUCCCCCAAAAAAAUCGUCGCAGUUCUGGAUGCCAUCAACAUUCUGCUUUCGGAUGAGGAAUGUCCAUAUAUUUCCAUUCUGGCCGUCAACCCAGAUGUUCUUGUGGAGAAAGUGAACUAUGCAGAUGGCUGCUUUAGCAAAGAGGACAGAGCGUACGCACUGUUGCACCGCAUCGUGACUCUGGCCUUCACGGUCCCACCGCUGUGCGAUGAUUCAAAGCGCAGUUUAUUUUACAGCCUCACCAGUAAUUCAAAACACCCUGAGGACAUAAGCAUGAGCGGAAAUAAACGUAGAGCUGGGGGCCUCGAAAAGACAUCUUCCUCAGAUUUAUUUUCACUGGAGAUUGCGUCUGAAACGAAAGAGUCACAUCCACUGAUAGAUAAAACUACAGCAGACCUGGAUGUAAAUGAGGAUGAAGUAGAAAUGUUGGUCCGGAGCAUCCUGACCAGCAAUGAAAGGAAUCUAAACUCAUACAUGUUUGAGGAUGCCAUGUCUAUGAGGAGGGCGAUCAACUCCAUUCGGGUGACUGUGAUAAUCAUGAAGACUUUAAAGAAAGAGCUUCCUCAACCCGAAAACAUCGCAGCAUGGGUGGUCUUGGCCAAUCAGUGGCCUUGCCGCCUAAGCUGGAUCAUCCAGUGCGUGGAAGACGCUCAGCAAAGAGCAGAUAUUGAUCGUGACAAUUCGGCAAACGCUGACGAUUCAAAGACCUUGUGGACAGUGUUCAGCGAGUCCAGGGCAGAGCUGUAUGUGAUGAGUGCUCAGAUUGAAGACCUCCUCGAGCAGGACGGAGAUCCUGAGAUGUUUGAAAAAUUCCUCAGGGUAGAUUUCCCAUUCACUGUGAAGGACUUGAAGACAUUUGAAGAGGCCACGGUGAACCUGGAUCAUUCAAUUAGGAAGGAGCUGGCUCACAUCAGAGGGACAUCCAGGCUGAAGGAUUCUGGUUGGAUGAGGAACCUAGCUCCUCUGCCAAUCACAACUAUCAUCAAUAUGAAGAAAGAGGAUGUAUGUGAAGAGUUGGAGAGGAUGGAAUACCCCCGUAAGUACAUUGAUAUGGUGAAAAGCCAUAACCUCAACGGUGCGGCACUGGUCUUUGGUGAUGCAGAUGAUCUUAAAGACCUGCUAGAUAUGACCUUUGGUGAAUGGGCAACUUUCAGACUCCACUUCCUGGGUUUACCGUCACAUCUCCGACCACAAUACAAGAACAUGGCACUGACACAUUCUCAUCCUCAGAACAAGCUGUCUGGAGGUCCCCUCCAUGUUUCCACUCAGUACAUUUCUAAUCCCAAUCUAAUUAACAGCUAAAUCCAUUCCAUUUCCAGUAAAUGUGAUAUUCCUAAAAUGCUGAUCUGCAUUUGUAACAUUUAUUAACAAUCUUUACAGUAACAGUACAGAGUUUGGGAGUUUAUUUAAGUGUGAAUUACUUUAACUUUGUUUAGCUGCAGGAGCUCUUGAUUCUGACAAGAAAAAUAUCUUCUGUAACUAUGUCAAAUACCUACCACAUACAUGUUAUUUUGCUUAAAGGGGCCAAGCCCAACAACGAUAGCUGUAGUUUUACACACAAUAGAUGUCCAAUAAAUCAACCGCAGUUGACAUGAUUGCACAUUUGUGUUUUUCAUGGAUCACAUAUUCCUAUAAUGAAAAGGUCUUUUUCACAGUAGAUAUUUUGAAGUGUCACACUAGGAAAAGCACAUUUAUGAUGGCUGAAUGUCAUUUAGCUCAGUGCCACGGCUAGAUGCCCCAUUUCCAAAAAAGUUGACUUCGUCAGGCGCAAUCCAACAGACCACUGAGUAAGGGAAGGGCACCCACGGGGAGCUUGGUAAGUUGAGUGUGUGUGUGUGUGAGUGUUUGUGUGUGGGGGGGGCACCAUCGAUACUUUCUUGAGAAAUUACAUAUAUCUCUUGUUCUGCCUGUUUUGUGAUAUACAUGCCUAAAAAGUGCCUAAUAUUUCUAUACUGAAAUAAUAUCGGCAUUAUAAUUAUUAUGACUGAGGCAUUUUUUGGUGCCCCCUCAGCACUUGGUGCCCUACGCAGUUUCAGGGUCCUGGUAUUGUGCAUGUUGGCUCACUGUCACACUGUAAUGGCUUAACUAUGACACUUGAAGAAAAAAUAUAAAAAUAAAACGGAGCCAUUAUUAAUGUCACUAAUAAUAACACCUGUGCUUUUCCUGCUACAAGUCAAAAUGUCUGCUGUGAAAAGACCUAUUAUGAGACACACUGUUGUUGUUUUUACAGUGUUAAUGUGUUCAGAAAGAUAAAAAGCAGUGGAACAAUACAGACCAAAUAUUGUUUUAACAUUGCUUUUAAAAUUAUUUUCAGUAAUAUUAAAAUAUAUCAUUACAGAUUACAUGACCUUAUUGUUGGAAAAUAAUAAGCUUAACCUGUUAAAAGCCGCUAUUUUCAAUCUGUCAGUCUUCCCUUGCCACACUAUCCCACUAAAGUGUGACAUGCACAUUAAGAUAUGGUGUUUGAUCAACCUUUAGUUCACUUAGGGUUAACAGAAGGCUCCAUAUAAAAAAUUGCAACUUGAUUGUAGGUUUCUUUUUUAUGUUUUUGGAUUUAUUUUGAGUUUUUUUGUUUGUACUGUAACUUUUACUGUGGCUUUAUUCUGGAAUCAAUGAAUGUUUAUAAUGAGGUGUGUGUGGUGUGCCUAUGCCAUACACCAUAAAUGCAUGCCAGUUUGCAAGUUUGGUACCAUAACUCUUUAAGUAAGUCAGAGAAUAUUAACGUUUAGGUUGUGGAAAUUGCUUUGAUGCAGACAUAGUAGGAUUACAUGUAUUUCAGAACCUGACUUUAACAAGGUAUAUUUGGUAUUUCAUCAAUUAACAUUCAUUGUUUGGGACUAAUUAUUGAUCCUUAAAAAGAAAAUAAGUACUUAUUAAUACUGUAUAUGUGCUGCAGUAAACUGUAAUUCUCUAUUUCAUACAAAACAAAAUGUAAAGUCUGACAAAUGAAAUGCAUACGCCAAGUGUCCCAUAAUA